GAUUGGUCAGCCCCCUUUUUUUUCACAGGAAGUUCAUGGGUGUGUUUCCGAGUAGAGGGUCUAAAUUAUUACCGACCAACUUCAUCAACGACUCAGGUUAAGGCAGCAUCCGUUCAUGUCUAGGAUGGAGCUGCGUCCGCUUGUCAUGUGUUUUGCUCUCUGUGUGGUUUAUGCCACCAGCAAGCCCACAGAGAAGAAAGACCGUGUUCAUCACGACGAACCUUUGAGCAACCUAGAACAUGACGAUGCUGACAACUUUGACUAUGACCAUGAGGCUUUUCUGGGACAGGAAGAGGCUAAGAGCUUUGACCAGCUCACACCUGAAGAGAGCAAAGAGAGACUUGGCAUGUUGGUAGAUCGCAUCGACGAAGACAAAGAUGGGUAUGUGACAGCUGAAGAGAUGAAGAGGUGGAUCAAGGAUGCACAAAAAAGGUGGAUCUAUGAUGACGUGGAUCGCCAGUGGAAGAGUCAUGACCUUAAUGGGGACGGAUUCGUGUCCUGGGAAGAGUACAAGAAUGCCACAUAUGGAUAUGUCCUUGAUGAUCAGGAUCCUGAUGACGGCUUCAGCUACAAACAGAUGAUGGCUCGGGAUGAGAGGAGAUUCAAGAUGGCCGACCAGGACAAUGACAUGAAAGCCAACAAAGAGGAGUUUACUGCUUUCCUUCACCCUGAGGAGUAUGAGCACAUGAAAGAUAUUGUUGUGUUGGAAACUAUGGAAGACAUUGACAAAAAUGGCGAUGGAUUUAUUGAUCUGGAUGAAUACAUCGGUGACAUGUACAACCAGGAUGGUGAAACUACAGAACCUGAGUGGGUGAAGACUGAAAGGGAGCAAUUCACUGAAUUUAGAGACAAAAAUAAAGACGGGAAGAUGGACAAAGAGGAAACGAAAGACUGGAUCCUGCCCAGUGACUAUGACCACGCUGAGGCUGAGGCCAAGCAUCUGGUUUAUGAGUCGGAUGUAGACAAAGAUGGCCGUUUGACCAAGGCUGAGAUCGUGGACAAGUACGACUUGUUUGUUGGUAGUCAGGCAACCGACUUUGGAGAAGCUCUGACUCGGCACGACGAGUUCUAACGUCCACGUGCCUCCACAGACUGAGAGCUCACGUUGUGUUCAACCAGAGGACUCCAUCCACACUUUAUGGAGAACCCACGCAGGAUCAGCUUGCUUAAACCAGUGCCACGGACAAUAAUUUAUUUUUGCUGAAUGUGUCCCAUUGUGCACGCACACACGCCAGCGUUGUACUAAAAAGUGCAGAUGCUUGGCCAGUGUGGUCACUUUUAUUUCUGCCUUGGAUUUGGAUAGAACUCCAGUCUUUUCUCAGUUUCUGAGCUCAAACAUGGCAAUGCCUGAGAUCAGGCAACAUUAUGAUCCAGUCAUGUAGACCAUAGAUUCCUCUGAAGAGGUCGGUGCACAAAUUCUUGAUGCAUUUCACCAAACUGAGAUGCAUAAAUCUGAUCCCUGGUCAUGUUCUUCUGUUUCCUCUUUGCCUUUAUGACCCAGAAGCAUUCGUUUCUGGUUUAUUUGUGUGUGUGUGUGUGUUUUUUUUUUGUUUUUUUUUGGCCAAGUCUUUAUCGAUAUCAAUGCUGGAUUUUUUAAGACCCUUUGAGCAGAGAACAGAUAUUAAAUUCCAGUGUCAAUGAAGACUGUUUGGCCCUGUGCAAUACAUUCUCAGCAGCCGAAGUGUUUCAGGGUAACAAGUCCUGAAACAUGUUAAGAUUAAAUACACAUUCUGCUAUAAGUGGUUGUGUUUGCAGAAAUCAAGCUGAAUUUAGGCAUUGGUCAUUUUUACGCCGGAUCUUUGUUAAAGUCCGACCUCACCAGCAAACUAUCCAUCCAGCUGAUCCGAACCAGGACAAGCAUUAGUACACAGAAGGAUGCUUUGUUCUCAGAGCUUCCUCUUGUUUGUUUUCCUCCUCACCUCAAUAGUGUGUUUUGAGUGUAUAUAUGUUAUUCUCAUUUUUGUUUGUUUUGUUUAGAUAUUUCACUUUUGUGGGGUUUUUUUUUUUUUUUUUUUUACAAAAUAGCUGAACUACCAACUCACUUGUGUGCCAAGCAAAAAAAAAAAAAAGAAGCAGUUUGGAACAAAAAGCAGCUCUACUCUUUUUGAACAUUAUAGUUUAACAGAUAUAUUUGUUAUGUUUUUAUGAUUCCUACCACAGUUUAUAACCACUGCUAACUGUAUGCUAGUAUGUUUUUACAAUACCAUUGCAACAACAAACCUUUCACUUGUGACUUUACUGUAAAUAAGUGGUCUGCAGACUGAGCAUUCCUACAGUCAGGUUCACUUUUUGUGUUUGAGCACAAUGCCUCAAUAAAAAUUUAAUGUUA